AUGGAAGGCAUAGUAAGGCCACGCUCAUGUAACCCUAGUUCAUCAGCUUCUUCCAAGCUAGGCAUGCACAGAGAGUCACAUGUAAUAUCACAGUUGAUCAAGCCCAAAGUUCGCAUAAUUCACGUAUUUGCACCAAAAGUUAUAAAGACUGAUGUUGCAAAUUUUAGAGAGCUUGUUCAAAGACUCACUGGUCAACCAUGUGGAAGUGAAGGCAUGAUCAAGAAGAAAGCAAGAAGCAGUGCUCCAGGCAAGAGAAAGAAGACCGGUUCCUCAAUAUGUGAGUCAAGCAAGAAAGCGAUGCAGCAGCUGCCAGAGCUAGGAUUGCCUAGUUUGAUGAGAGGAGAGAAACUCAGGGUGGAGGUGGAAGCAAAUGAAAUGUUGGGGGGUCAGAAUUGUUCGAGUAACUUUAAUUCCCUUGAUGGGUAUGGAGAUUUGAAAGGUUUUGUACCAGAUGUGAGCAACAACUUUUCUUUGACAACACCUAAUUCACAAUCUUCUCAUGAAAUGGAUGGUUAUGAAGACACGCACCUUUCUUGGCAAAAGGUGGAUUAG